ACCUCCAGGAGCGGGGCGCGUCUUCCCGUGGAUGUGACGCGAUGCGACCUCCCCUGCCUGGUAUAUGUGGGCGUAGACGAAGCUAACGAGGCUGUAUAAGACGCUGGAAAGCCACAAUAAACGCCAUUUUGCCGUUCACCACAUUGGUGCUUGGCUGGCACCGAAGCCCACGGCGAAGCAGACCCGCCCGUGGAAGACUGAGGUAGUUCACGCCGUGCGAGACGUAAGGCGGAGCGGACGCCAACCAGGCAUGGAGCGAGUUAUUAAGGUAUUGCUUCAGCUCUGUAAGGACUAUUACGGGAAGGCUUCCCCGUCUCGGGAGGAAAUAGCAGCCGUGCUAACGCGGCUGGAGCAGGAGGGCUCCUUACCUCAUCCCGAGGCCGUGUUAGAUCCCGAGAUGUGGGAUUCCCUCACAGUGGCUCUCGCCACCUACACGGCUCGCAGGCUGCUCGGGUUGCAAGGGGACCCGGGACGGGGUUCGGACCUGGGGGGCCGAGAUGGGGCUGGGGAGCCGGGGGGUUGUGCUUUGUUGGCAGACUGCCCGGGAAAACCGACCGCAAGCGUACCGGUUAGCGGCGAGAACAAAGAGAAUCAACCGUCCCUACAACCAGCGUUGCGGAACGAACUUCCAACGGUGCCGGACGCUCCGCCUCCGUAUCCGCAGCGACCAUUAUAUCCUUCCUUGCGAAACUGCACGGGGGGGGAGGGCGGUUGCCCCGCAACGGGAGACGCGGCGUCAGCAGCACCCACGGCAGGAAGGAAGGAGGUGAUUGGUGCGGCGGGAAAGAACGCCCCGCCUACCGCCCCCGUCCCGCUUACUGAUUGGUUGAGGGUGAGACAGGAAGUUGAGGACAGGGGCCUGGCGGUGGGGGCGUACCCGGUUGUGGUCGGGGACCAGGGCCCGACGUGGGUGCCUUUAGACCCGGAGGGCGUUAUUCGCUUCUUAGAGGCGGUAGAGAAAAAGGGACUGAGGUCACCGUCAACGUUGGAUGCGCUGGAAGCGCUCACAGCCUUCGGGCCUAUGCUCCCGCAUGAUAUAGUCAACCUCAUGCGGAUGGCGCUUAAGCCGGUGCAAUACGUUCUGUGGGAGCAAGAGUGGGGGUCUGAGUGUAGGAGGGUGUCGGGGUUGGCUGAGGGGGACCCGACUCACCCCGCUCACGGCACAGAUGUAGCCAGGCUAACGGGUGCGGCGGCCGGGAUGGCCACUCCUCACGGCCAGCUAACCCGGUUACGACCCGGAGAGCUGAAGGCCGCUACGGACGCCAUGAUCGACGCGUUCGAAAAGCUCGCGUGUUACGCCGAGCCCGCAACUCCCUGGGCAGACGUCGUCCAGGGGCCCGCCGAAUCCUUCCAGGAAUUCGCUGACCGAUUGAUAAGAGCCGUAGAAGGGUCGGAUUUGCCCAGGGCGGCCCACGAUCCCGUUAUCAUGGAUUGCCUGGAACGAAAGUCCCGCGAGGACGUUAAAGCUCUCUUACGGUCGGCGCCCGAUAGGUUGAGCACGCCGGGAGAGAUGAUCGAGUACGUUUUAGAUAAGCAAAAGGCAGCGCCUGUUACCGUCGAGGGGCUUGCAGCCAUCAUCCGGGCUAUGUCGGUGUCGGGCCCGCAGAGAGCGCCGCAGGCGGAGGAACCCGCGAAGGGCCCCUGCUACCACUGCGGCGAACGUGGUCAUGUGAAAGCGCAAUGCCCCAAGAGGAAAAAGAAGUCGGUUAGCUGCCAGUUUUGCGGAAAGCGAGCACACACCGCUCGCCAGUGCCGACACUUGAAAGCGCUGUUGCAGGGAAAGGGCUCGGGGAGCGGCUCCGCGGCCCAGGCUCCCUCCCUUCCAAAUACGGAUGGGCCCGGCGGCUGGGGUUGGGCGGGGCCGCGUGUGACGCCCACGGGUCCGCCUACGCCGCCCGUUCCCCGCCCAUCGUGGCAUUAACCCUUCGUACAGGAGAGAGCCCUUUGGUCAAGGUCCUUGCAUCCUGCCUUGACCUUCCUUCUGACCAUUGCGGACCUCGUUCCACCGCCUUUGUUGCAUCGGUUGAUUCAGGGGCCGAUGUUACUGUCGUCUCCGAGAAUGAUUGGCCUGAAGGAUGGCCAACCGGACCCCCUCAGCUCAUCAGAGGGGCGGGAGGCACUAUAAAUACACGCAAAUCUUUAGCCAAGUUGGAAAUUAUUGUGGUCGCCCGUGAUGGAACAUGGGAGAAACCCGCUCUGCUUGUUCCAUUGGUGGCGAAAGUCCCCGGGACCCUUCUGGGCCGAGAUUUACAAAUUUAUAGUUAGGGCCACUGCCUGCCAAUUGUCUAUCGCUCACGCUACCCCGCUGCGAUGGAGGCAGGACGCGCGCCCCGUCUGGGUAAAUCAGCGGCCCGUUCCUCAAGAAAAGCUCGUCGUGCUUAAACAAUUAGUUCCCCGGGAAUGUCAGUUAGGAUGCAUAGAGCCUUCCCUCCGUCAAUGGAAUGCCCCGAUCUUUGUGAUAAAGAAGCGCUCGGGUCCUUACCGCUUGCUGCAUGCCUUGCGUGCGGUCAACGCUGAAUUGAUACUGUUGGACCAGUGCAACUUGGGGGCCCGAUAUUGUGAGCCGUACCUAAAGGAUGGCCCCUGGUGGCCAUCGAUCUUCAAGAUUGCUUUUUCUCGAUUCCUUUAGCAGAACGGGACCGAGAAGCGCUUCUUCCGCACAAACUUUACCGUCGCGUCUUUUGUCGUUUAUGGCACUCGAUAAUGGGGAGGGUGCCAGAAAAUAUCUGGGUUGCGCGGGCUAAUGGAACGGGACCAACAGACUUUUGCCUUAGUGCGCCAUCUGCCACGGCACCGUUGAGGACGCGCCUGGUGGGGGUGCCUAUAUGGGAUGACACAGAGUUUCGGGGAUGUAAGAACCCUAGCGCGAAUGAGGAGUGCAAAAAGUGGUGUGAACCGAAGAGCGCAAACUAUACGGUCGUUAAGCUGGGAAAUGACACGGUCAUUGAUUUCGGUACGAAAACAGCCCCCGCCGUCUGUCUGUUAAAUGUCACGCUCCCGUGGAACCCACCAGAGCUGCAACUAUCAGGCUCUCAGGUGGUCCCUAACGAGACAUGGGCAAAUCGUUGAAAUCGUCGGGAGAGUUAUGGAUGCGUCGGGUUUGCAAGAGAUAAAGAUAACGGGUCGUUACGGCGGGGUUUAGACGUACCGUCACCGGUAGGCCCAUACUGGGAUGCAGAGCAGAAUCGAUCUGAGCCUUUCAUCCUUGUCAAUCCCAGUGACACGGAGGCGUUCACAUGGAGUGGGGUGUAUUAGUGGCUUCACUGCGAAUGAAUGAAGGGCGACGAGAAACGAAUCUUAUUGUCGAGGGGAACCUGUGUGUCCUCAAAGAACGGGACGCAAAAACGUCCUACGACGCGACCCGAUGAUCCAGCAUCCAGCAGAAUGAGCGUGAAAAGGAGAAGGACGCAGAUCUGCAAGUUUUUGUACUUUUGCCGUCGCCCUUCCUCCCAAAGAGGUUUCGUCCUCUUGGCUUGUUUAAUUGGGGCGCAAGUUUCACAGUCGUGAAUAACCUGUGCAAUAGCGUCCAUUGUUAAGUCCACCCCUCGGUCCCUAGCCCACUUGUCGUCGGUAGUAGGGUAAGGCCUACCUUGAUUUUGGGACUCGUUUCAAAAAUCCUCUUGUAAAUACUUGGGCCAAAGAUCAUGGGCUGGCCCGAAGGUAAAAAAAGUUUGGAACGUCACCAGCAGAGGAGGCAUCACGUGCCAAAGAGGCCCCACCGUACAGUGAAUUACCAGAAAAUGAAAAGAAAUACGCCCUGUUCCCAGAUGGAUCACGUCGGAUCGUAGGGCGUCGGAUUGUGGGUGUUGCCUCGGGUCGACGGCUCGAGGUUUAGGUUCGGAAAGGAACGUCUGGAAUGAUGACACCGCAAAGGCGUUACCAGCGGGUAUAUCCCUGCUCUGCGGCGAUGGCGCAUGGCAAGGCAUUCCUAGAAACGCGGUUGGGAGGACCUCGCUACUCGGGCAAGCUGACGAUGUUGGCCUGAAGCCACGCAGCUUGGAUGCGACCGUCAAGGAACUCUACGAUGGGAAGUCACGGAGCGUCACGGCGCGUCGUUUCGCUUCGGUCCUAGCGCCUGGUGUCGUUGCAGCACACGCCUUGCAGGAAGUGGAACGACUGGCGUGCUGGUCGGUUAAGCAGGCAAACAUCACUACAGAAAUAUUGAGCGAGCUGCUCAUGGAUGUGGACAACAUCAGACAAAAUAGAGCCGCCGUAGGCUUUCCUUUUGUUGGCUCAAGGCCACAAUGGGAUGCCGGGACGUGGAAGGCGUGCGUCGCUUCAAUCUGUCCGACCACAGCGAGUCUACGCACCGAAAAUUGGCGUGGAUGUGAUUUGCCGAAUCAAACUCCGUAACCCAAGCGAGAUUACAAAGCAGGGAUGUUUUAUUCGGCGCUGCGCGUAUGCCGGGGGGGCAAGGGGGAUAUUUCCUCCUAGCUUGCCCCCUCCUGGUGGUGGUUGGAUGAAGGCUCGACGUCUUCCUCACUCUGCCCUUUUCACCCCACUGCUGCUUUGCAGAGUCACUCCGCCUUCGUCCAGCUCCUUGUACCGCUCCCUGCUGAGAACGGAGUUUCUCCGAGUUCCUUUUCUCACCUUCCCUUCCAUUCUGCUUCCCCCAGCCCCAUGCAAUAGCCAACCCUUCGACCGUCCUCUCUAACUCCGAUGAGAGAACACACGCAGACGAUAACGGUCAACAAUGAUGUGUUUGGAGGAGCCUGUUUGGUGGACUAGGAGCGUGGGCCCUCCGAAUGCUUCAAGCGAUGGGUGCAGUGCUCCUGGGGUUCGUCUGCGUUGUCUUUUGCUCGCCAUGCUUAACGCGAUGUGUGCAGCAGUGAAUGAUGGAGCGAGCUUUUGAUCAGCGUAUGGAAUAUCGUAGGCUGCGUCAACGCCUGUAGUUUUAGGACAGCUAGCAAUGCAUCACUCUAUCACCCGCUCUUCCUUUUCUCCUCCAUGUAGAGUUUUAAUAAUAGACAGCUUGGUUAGGAAACAGGCGUAGAGGUGUAGGGAAUUUGCGAUCGCGCUGUAACGGGGCAAAGCUUUUCCAGGCACGGGGAAGGGGGAAGAUGGAGCAGGCGGCGAACCAAGCGUGCGGGAUGUGACGCGACAGGACCUCCCCUGCCUGGCGUGUGUGGGCGUAGACGAAGCUAACGAGGCUGUGUAAGCCACAAUAAACGCCCUUUUGCCGUUCA